AAAGCUUUCAGGUUUUUAAGUGAAGGGAGCCGCGGUUCAGUGGCAGCCCGCUUCUCAGCUGUGAUAUCCGGACUGUGUGUGGAGUCAUGUAUCUGCGGCCGCUGCAGUCAGCCGGCAGAAACUUAGUGACCGUGUGGAGAGCCGCCAGCGGAAAGGUGUUAGAUCAAGAAGCCUGUCUUGCUAGAGCUUUAGUAGCUUGUCAACUGGCCAGAGUCCCCUCUCCCUGUUUGACACCAUGUCGCUCACUGCACAUGAACGCACAGCUCUACAGCGUGAAGGAGACGCCCCAGCACACGGAGGAAGAGGUCGGGGCCUUCACGAAGCUCAUUGAGGCCAUGGGCUUCACCGGACCUCUCAAAUACAACAAAUGGAAAAUCAAGAUCGCUGCCUUGCGGAUGUACACGUGCUGCGUAGAGAGAAUCAAUUAUGACGACUUCUUUGAAAAAUGCUCCCUCCCCGACACACUCAACUCCUGGUUCUUGGUAGCCCAAUUACACGUUUGGAUGUGUUUGGUUCGGAUGCGUCAGGAGGGCAGAGCGGGGAAGUACAUGUGUCGCUACAUUGUGCACUCCAUGUGGGAGGACGUGGAGCAGAGGAGCAAAAUCUUGGGGAUCGACGCCAUGCACAGAAAGGAAGCGACUAAAGUGAUGACGGAGACGUUCUACGCAGCGAUAUUUGGAUACGAUGAGGGAAUCCUGUCUGAUGACUGUGUGCUGGCAGCAGCUCUGUGGAGAAACCUGUUCAACAGAGAUUGUGAAGACCCCAAACAGCUGGAGCUCAUGGUGGAAUACGUACGCAAACAGAUGCAGUACAUCGACGCUCUGGACGGCGAGGACCUGCUGCUGACUGGAGAGGUGAAGUGGCGCCCUCUGGUGGAGGAGAACGCUCAGAGCAUCCUGAAGGUGGUCACACCAACGUACAACGACACGGGACUGUGAGACGACGAGACGGACUCCUGUUUCCUCUCAUCCAAAGUCCUCUUCCUCUGACCCCGCCCCCCCUUUCCCCCUUACCCUCUUCUUCUCCCAGUUGUUUUCCUUUCUUCCUCCUCGUGUAAUCAUGCAACCCAUUCCCCUCCUGUGUCUCUGUACUCGUCUCUCAUCAUGUAAGGAGGGAUUUUAAAUCUGACAUGAAGUCUGUUGCUGUCAGCCAUUUUUUUUUUUUGUCUUUUUCUUCCUUGUUUUACCCAAAACCCAUUUUUGUCCUAGUCCUCCUUCCUCCAGGAGUUUGAAUCAGGAGGUCCAGUGAAGUCAGGAUAGACAGUCAGGAAGGGUUUUUUCCCCCACACAACUUUUCUCGUAAUUUCAUCAUAAAUCAAUAAAACAAGCCAGCCAAAAGGCGGAAUAUGCCACGCAUCAUCAUCAUCAUCAUCCUCCUCCAUCGUCGUCCUGUCGGUUUUGAGAGCCUCGUCAAGCUGUUGAGGGAGAAACACACCAAGAGAGAACAAGACACUAUUUAUAUUUUCUCGUUGUUCCAUGAACGCCACUCUGUAUUUGUAAAGUAUUUUGUAUACCUCCAUGUUUACUUUUGUUCUUCUUCUGUCCUUCACUGUUUCACAUAAAGUUUCACUCUUAAUAAUGAAGUCCGGUGACGUCAGGCUUUAGAAGGGAAUGAUCAUCUUUCUGCUGUUUGUCUCUCUCUCUCUCGCUCUCUCUCUCGCUCUCUCUUCCCAUAACGCUCUCAGACCCGAACAGGAAGCCGAGCUCUUAAAGGCGUAUGUGUCGUCAGUGCUUUAAAAAAAAUGAAAAGAUUUGUUUUGUUUUUAAAAAGACAAUUAAUAAAAUGUUCUCUGGAUGUAAAAAUAA